CAUCCACAAGCCAAGGUCUCACCAGCACGCAGGUGCACACCGAGCUCAAUUCAUUGUUUCUACCUACUAAUCCCAAUUAGGCUACGGAAACUUUUAACAGGCACCCAGAGGCCAUUUUAGGAUGGAUGAGGGCAAACCAACAGAAACUUAAGACAAGAUGAAAGUACUGUUAGCUGGAAACAGCUGAACUACAUAGAGGUUUGCAACAUGUAUUGGACAGGGCAGCACACCUCCUGAAGGAUCAGGUAUGCAGCUUGGGGAUAAUUCUGUUGUCUGUGGAGGUGCAAGUGUCUUCAGGGAUAGAGGUAUAUUAAAUAAAUAAAUAAUUUUGAUGGUGUCAAUGAUAAUACUCCAGUGUGGGAUAAAGUCAAGGUUGAGUCACAGUCUGAGGUUGCAGACAAAGAAGUUCAAGUCCUGGCUCUGACAAACAGAGGGAUAAAAUCCCUUAUAUUCUGUAGUCCCAUUGAAACCAAUAGGGAUAUGUGUUGUGAUCACUGGGUACUAUUUAGAAAGCUUUGUGAAAUUUAAAAAAAACAAAAAGCCAAGUGGAAAAACUGUUCCAUUUCCCAUGCAUUUUGCAUGGGAACCCUUGUCAUGCAUUUUGACACUGAAAUUUUGCCCAAACAAAAUUGGUGCUGCAUGAAACAUUUCUGGGAAGCCCUAUUUUUGCUGUUAGCAGCUGCACUAAAAACCUUGAACUUGGUUACUUUCUGUGGCUAGUGUUAUCGGACUCUCUUCAAGCUGUUUCUCAAAUGCUUUGAAAAUAUGUUAAACAGCUGGAGAAAGGCAUACAGCGCUGUGAAAACAGGCUGUUUUCUCUGUAAUCCUUUGCAGCAUUUCUCCACCAAAAUCACAGUCAAGCCAGUUUAAACUAUGCUCUGUUUUAUAGCAUACAAUAAAUAAAUAUUAGUUAUUUGUUGAUCUGAUUAAUUUGUUGAUGUUUUUACAUGCUACUUGUUUUCUAAACUGUAAUGAAAGGGCAUUCCUGCAUCAUGAGAAAUGUCGUUUUAGUGCAGACAAAUAGAAACAAAAUAUUAGCAGGACUACAAUUAAAAAGGACAAUAUACAACAAAUACACAGUCAGAAUAGCAAAAAUGAGUCAGACUUCAGCAGAAGAAAUAAAAAGCCUUGUACUUACGAUUGGUUAUUUUACUCCCCUUCUAAGUUUUUCCUCCCCUUCUAUUGUUUUUUAAAACACUAAAAGCUGCAUUCAAAAUUAACAAAAAUGCAUCAAAUAAAGCAAUAUUAAAAGGCACAUAUUAAAACAGCUGACAUGAGGAACAGUAGAAAGCUGCAGUUAAAAAGAGUUCAGCAGUCCUAAGGCUGUCUGCUUAGAAGCAAGGCCGAAUGUGUUUACGAUGUCUUACUCCCCAGUAAAUCUGUAAAGGAAAGCAUCCUAGCAGAUACUUAACAAGGAGAGAGAUGCCUGGCAGAUCUCCCUAAGGAUAAUUUUCCAGUAUGUCAGCAUCAGUACCUAAAAGACCCUGUCUCAUUGCACCUGUUGGAUGACACACAAGGGCAGAACAGAGCUUCUGAAGCUGAUCUUGAGUGAGGGAUGGGGAAACCUGUGACCCUUCAGAUGUUAUUAGACCCCAACUCCUUACCAUUGGCUAUGUUGUCUAAGCUAAUAGAAGAUGGGGUCUAACCUCUGAAGGGCCACGAGUUCCCCAUCCCUCACUCAAGAUCAACUUCAGAGGCUCUGCUGCCUAUUUCACCAUUGUCUGCCUCUUUUGUUUCAAGUGACUGGCAUGGGAGCAGAUUGUACCUGAUGCAACCUCUCCCCCGGGGUCUCAUCUGCUUGUUGCGAGAACUAAGGUCUCAUCCAGGCAAAAAAGGUGAGGCCUUUUAACCUUCAUCUUGGUUUCAAGUGGUUAUUGCUUCAGGGGAGAAAAGAUCCCCUGUUACUGGAUAAUGAGGUUUUUAUAAGGCAAACAGGAAGCAUGGGCUACAAUCAGUUAAUUCCUUAAAGACUAAUCAUUGGGCUGAUAUAAUGGUGGGGAAAAAUCACUCUUCUUGGAUUUGUUCAAUGAAUGAGUGGCUUUCCCAUAAAGAUUCCCAGAAGAUUCUUCUGGCUUGUUGACAGUCUGUUAUUUUGAUGCAAAAAGACAUGUUUUUGUGGGUAAAAGUUUUUUUUGCUGCCCAGAACUCUAGCUCCUUUUUGAGGGUGCUGCAAAGUAAGUACUGCCCCCUACUGCCCAUUCACAUAGGUCCUCCAGAGCAGGAAAGUUCCAUCCCUACCCCAUGUUUUAUUUGAUUUUUACCAAGGUAAAAUGAAUUCAUUUAAGACUUCACCACCAGCAACUGUGACACUAUCAAACCCAGACCUGUGUAAUAAUAUUUGCAGUUAUGUAGAUUUGGGCAUGAUCCCACCUGUCUCUGGUAGGGAUGAACAAAUCUGUCAUUUUCUCAUUUCUCUAAUCUUAUGUUGAGUUUGCCACAUCUCUGCACCAGUUUGCAAAAUUUUUGUUAAAAAAUCUUUAUGAAAUUUGUCGGCAUUUUAGUGUACAUUUCUCCCAAUAAACACAUUUUUGCAUGCAUUUUUGAAAAAUAUACACAUUUUGCACAAACCUUUCCCUGAAAUAAUGCAUUUUGUAUGUUAUUUUCACCAUUUUAUGUACACCUCUCCCUUUUUUGUGCACAUUGGUUGGGGCCAAUUGGUUGCACUGGAAAGUUUGGAGAGUUGCCGAUUUCAAAGGAUCAAUUCCUGUAUUGUUUUGGAAACUGUGAAUUAGGUACCGGUAAGUUUAAAAUGCAAGCCCCGCUCCUUAAUACCUGGCCUUGGUCCUGCAAAGAUUUAUCCCUGGGAUGACCCAGGAGAGAGGGGAUGUUAUCAGAGCCAAUCUCCAAUUAUGAACAGGAAUAAAUGUCAUCUCUUGAUUACACCUUUUAGUUGGUUGUCCCAGAGUUGGUUAACCUUCAUUUUGUGCCUCUGGCAUGCUAAAGAAGGUAUAGCAAUUUCAACUUUCUAUAUUAGAGGGGAGGAAGCCUUUCAUAUAUGGCACUCUCUCCCCCACCCCUCCGGAAAAGCUUUUUGAGAAUGUGCAAACGAAGCCAUUUUCCUUAUCCAGCACUGAUCCUCCUUCACACUUGCAGAAGCAACAGAGAGAAAAAGAAGAGCUAUGGCAAAGCCUGGUCAAGAUGAUGCAAGGAACAAAGCCCAGAAGAGAGCUUUCAGUUGCAGCUAGUUGAACAGAAGAAGAAUUCUUCAAAGAAUUGAACUCUCUCUACCAUUCUCGCAGGAAGGAGUCUCAUGGGAGGAAGAGAAAACAGCUUUCAUUUUAACAAGUCAUGGUAUUUAUGGCCCUUUCAUGAGUUUUGUUUGAAAAUAUGAAAGUAGAUGGACUUAAACCUUGUUUCCAAAGAGAGCAGAGGGAGGUGAGAGCACACGAAAAAGGCAGAUGCGGCUGAAUCAACUUUGCCC